AAGAUGGCGGACUAAGCGACGUGGCUUCCCGGAGAAGUUUCACAUUUACGAUCUUAUAGAUUCAAAAAUAGCAUCAAAUACCUCAACUAUUCGCCUUCUCUUAAGCCCACGAAACGGACUUUGAUUGUGGAGCGAUGGCGUGUUAUCUGAAGUGAAGAUUGAAGACGUGAUAGAAGAUGGACGACUACUGCUAUGCUAAGAUGGCGACGUCCGCUAAAAGAGAACAUGAAAGAGAAUCAGCGCCACCAACGGAGAACAAUCUGAAAAGCGAAGAUGAAGACGUCCAGCAGCUGAUCAGUGAUCCAGAAGAAGUUUCCCCUCAGUUAGGGGGGAGCUCCACUUUGAAGCAGGAGACUCCACAACCACCCUGCAUUAAAAAUGAAGAGGAGGAACUCUGGAUCACUCAGGAGGAAGAGUGUCUUCUAGGACGAGAGGAAGCUGAUUACACCAAGUUUCCACUGAGUAUUAUCUCUGUGAAGACUGAAGAUGAUGAAGAGAAACCACAAGUAGACAACCUCUUAGCUCCACUAUCAGGUAGUGAGGCUAAAGACGAGGUUGAAGAACCUUUGAGCAGCGAUACAGACUGUGAAGGUGAUAUGAGGACUCACACUGACAACAAACACUCUGAAUGCUCUACAAAGAAGAGAGGUCAAACAUGUUUGAGCUGCUCAGUUUGUGGCAAAAGCUUUUCUGUUAAGAGGAGUUUGACUCAACACAUGAGAAGACACACAGGUGAAAAAACAUGUAUUUGUUCAGUUUGUGGCAAAAGCUUUUUUGGUAAGAGUAAUUUGACUCAGCACAUGAAAACACACACAGGUGAAAAACCAUUUAUGUGUUCAGUUUGUGGCAAAAGCUUUACUGUUAAGAGGAAUUUGACUGAACACAUGCGAACACACACAGGAGAAAAACCAUAUAGUUGUUCAGUUUGUGGCAAAAGCUUUUUUGGGAAAAAUAGUUUGACUCAACACACGAGAACACACACAGGAGAAAAACCAUUGAAGUGUUCAGUUUGUGGCAAAAGUUUUUCUCGAAAUAGCCAUUUGACGCAACACAUGAGAACACACACAGGUGAAAAAAAAUUUAACUGUUUAAUUUGUGGUAAAAAUUAUUCUGUUAAGAGGAAUUUGACUGAACACAUGGCAACACACACAGGAGAAAAAACGUGUAAUUGUUCAGUUUGUGGCAAAAGCUAUUCUACUAAGAGGAGUUUGACUGAACACAUGAGAACGCACACAGGAGAAAAACCAUUUAGUUGUUCAAUUUGUGGCAAGAGCUAUUCUUUUAGGAGCAAUUUGACUGAACACAAGAGAACACACACAGGUGAAAAACCAUUUAAGUGUUCAGUUUGUGGCAAAGACUUUUCUGUUAAGAGGAAUUUGACGGAACACAUGAGGGGACACACUGCACUAAGACCAUUUAAUUGUUCAGUUUGUGGUAAAAGCUUUCCUCAUAAGAGCUCCUUGUGUCGACACAUGAGAACACACGCUGGAGAAAAAACAUUUAGUUGUUCAGUGUGCUGUAAAAGGUUCCCACAUAAUGCCGACGUAGUAAAACACAUGAGAACACACAAGGGAAAAUAACCAUUUAGCUGUUUAGUUUGUGGUAUGUUGCUCAUAUGUGGUGACAUCCACCCUACCCAGGACCUCCUCACUGCUUCUUUCACAAAUAUCUGAGGUAUUCAUACAAACUUGGAUUAUUUGGAGCAUAAUCUUAUCUACUCAUGACCCCAUGUCUUCUCUGUAUCUGAAACCUUCCUGAACAGUAAGAUAGAUGAUGCUUCAAGUGCUUGGUUACUCUUUCUUCAGUCCAGGGACCUGGGGCCUCAUGUGUCAAGUUUGCGCACUCUCAAAAACCUGCACUACACCCUUUUUCACUGCAAAGUUGAGAUGUAUCAAGUUGACUUGAAAAUUCAUAGCGGUCAUUCGCACAAUUCUACAGGCUGUGGAUACUUAAGCGACAUGCAUAAGUGAUGCUGGGUAACUGUUUGCAUAACUAACUGCCAACUUUUACUCAUCAGACUGAUUGAUGUGCAAAUCAGAGACAUAUGAACAAUUAACACCCACAACCCAACCCCCACCUCCCUCGACAUUCGGCCAUAACAGGUUCAAGAGAUGAAGCGAGAUGAGUUUGUGAAGUGUAAAAUUCAGCUGUUGUUUUAAUGAAAGAAACUGUUGUUCAAAAUGUGUCCACUGGAUGUCACAAUAGCAAUUCUGUUAGGCAAGCAAAUAGUUUAUACCGGGGCGAACAAGUAUACCAAGCAAGAGGUACACGGUAAAGCGGGGCUGUGACUCCUCCCCCUCCACCCAACGUAAAACAGGAGUAAAAUAAGCAAUCAGUAACCCCACUUAAAAUGCAGCAUGAGACACUGCACACUGAUAUAGUUCUGUGAAAAUGAUUGUCUUCUGUGCAAAUGUAAAGAAAGUGAACAGUGUGUGAUUUACUGCAAUGCUGUCAGUCUUUUCACUUUUUAUUUGUGCUUUGUCGAAAUUGUUCACACAUUGCACUGCUUUUAUUUUUCUAUCAAUACACAUUAUGUCUAGAAGACAGGAAGUAACUCAACACUCUUGAAUAGUUUCUACCUCACUUUGUAUGGUUUGUUGGGUUAGCACAGGAUUAAUAUGUGGACAUGACAAAUGAGGUAGUUGAUACUUUAGAAUAGUUUUUAUUUUUCCUUUUUUGGUUUGUUGUUAAAUCCUAGAUGGGCUGUGACUCAUUGUGUUCUUCAAGGUGUUUUUGAAACUGCACAAUUUUUUCCCUCUAAAUGUUCAACUAACUUGAAGUGUUUUGUCAAGAGGAUUAUUUGUGAUAUGUACAUUUUCAGAAUGUGCUUGUUCUAUUUUGGGCUGAAGUAAAACAAAGAAAACCAUCCGAAGUUGUCGUCGUUGUAUUUUUAAGUUACACUAUUUUGCCAAAAGUAUUUAACCAUCCAUCCAAAUGAUCAGAAUCAGGUGUCUUAAUCACUUGGCCCGGCCACAGGUGUAUAAAAUCCAGUAGUGAAAUUUCCUCGCUCCUAAAUAUUCCAAAGUCAACUGUCGGCUUUAUUAUAAGAAAAUGGAAGCGUUUGGGAACAACAGCAACUCAGCCACGAAGUGGUAGGCCACGUAAACUAACAGGAGGGGUCAGCAGCUGCAGAAGCACAUACUGCAAAGAGGUCGCCGACUUUCUGCACUUUCUGCUCUGUAGCAACUUUCAGUUGCUACAGAGCUCCAAACUUCAUGCGACCUUCCAAUUAGCCCACGUGAAGUACGCAGAGAGCUUCAUGGAAAUGGUGUCCAUGGCCAAGCAUCUAAGGCCCCUUAUACACUAAGGUUAUCCAGGGUAAACCCCACCUAAC